CAACGCCGUUCUGGCAUUCGUAACUGAUUUUCUUCUGGUGUCAGCUGACAUUUAUUUAUUAUGGACCAAUUGGAUCAUCUUCAGGAAGCAUCCGAUGGAGAGGCUGAUGGACGUCGGGAUUCAUCUGAAGGGAAUAACGAAAUAUUUACCGAAGAUCCGGAUACUGUGAUGGAUUCGAUGACUCAGGAAUGUUUAAAUUCAGCAUCCCUGGUGGAGCACGGGUAUUCAUCUACGCUGAAUCUUCCAAGCCGGAUCGAUAAUACGCUGGAUCUAUCUUCUGAAAUUGAUCGAGAGAGGAUGAUUAUUGAUCGUGAUAAGGAGAAUUUUGAUAAUCCCUACGUGACGUUUGGGGAAACUGAAAAACUCUUGCAAGAUCAGGAGGGGUUAAUGAGUGAUCAUGAUUAUGAUUCUGGGACUGUAUUUACUCAGACCGAUCAGAUCAUCUAUGAUCAAGAAGAUGCUGAAUCUGAUCUCCAGGAGUUGCCAUCUGUACAGGAGAUGGAGAUGCCUUUGAGUAGGGAGGAGAUAACCAGUUCUAUUCGUGAUACGGAACGAAAAUUGAGAAAACGGAAAGACGAGAUUGAAAAACAGGAAUUAGGAAGUAUCGAUCAUAGUGAUCGAGAUCCUGGUCAUGAUCGUAAACAACCUGAUGAUCUAUCGAUGCAAGAGGAAGCGGUAUCGUGUCAAGAUCACCUUCCUGAUAAAACAGAGUUCUUGGAUCAUCCAAUGGAUCAUAACAAUGAUACAUCGAUCGAUGGAUCGGAUCGCGAGAAAGAUCGGACGAUCAUUCAAAUCGAAAAUCGGAUCAAUGAAGAUUCUGAGAUUGAUACAUUGUUUGAAGAUCUUAAACGGAAUGAGGAACGUGUUUAUAUAAAAGGAAAGAUUUAUGAAUUUGAUGAAAAAAAACAUGGAGUUAGAAUGACCGAGAAACUUAUUAAAAAACAAUGCAAGGACAACAAGUUGUAUCAGACGCCGUAUUUGAAUGACGUUUUGUAUUUGCAUUAUAAAGGUUUCUCUUUUAUUGAAAAUUUGGAAAAAUACACGGGCUUGAAGACCUUGUGGCUGGAAAGUAAUGGGAUUCGAGAAAUUUCCAAUUUGGAAAAUCAAACGGAACUCAAAUGUCUGUAUCUGCAUCACAAUUUGAUUGGUAAAAUUGAAAAUUUGGAAUGUCUAGUCAAAUUGGAUACUUUGAAUCUCUCGCACAACUCUAUACGAAAAAUCGAAAAUCUUGACAGUCUCAAGUACCUAAACAGUCUUUAUCUUUCUCAUAACUAUCUGCGAGAUACGGAAGAUCUGGAGCAUCUUCGAAAUUUGGAUAAUUUAUCGAUUUUGGAUUUGUCGCACAAUAGAAUCGAAACGAUCGAUUUGAUAGACAUUUUGGGCGAAAUGAAGUCGUUGCGAGUUCUUACACUCACCGGAAAUCCUGUGAUUAAAUCGACAAAGAUGUACCGGAAGUCACUUACACUCAAAUGCAAAAAUCUUCAGUAUUUAGACGAGCGUCCGGUAUUUCCACGAGAUCGUGCAUGUGCAGAAGCUUGGAUGAGAGGAGGAAUCGAGGAAGAAGCAGCCGAGAGACAAAGAUGGAUAAUGGCUGAACAGAAAAAAAUAAACGACAGCGUGGCUGCUCUUAUCAAUAAACGCAAGCGCUUUCAAGCUGUGGCUAAUCUUGAACAAAUCCAAAAGGAUCAAAAAGAAAAUGAAGAAGCUGUGAAAAAAUGUACAGAUAGAAAUUUGGAUUUGUUGAAGCUCGAUAGUAAAAAAUCAUCAAUAUCAAAAUCAUCUGACGAUGAGGACGAUGACGAAGAAGAGGACGCGAAAGAUGAAAAAAAUGAACUCGAAAAUCCUCUGAUAGAUUUUCAAAAUUAUCCCUCAACUAAUCCCGAUGGGAAUAUACAAGAACUUUUGUUACCCUGGAAAGCUGAAGUUACUGAGAAAAAUGGAUCUUCGCGACUUAUUGAAGAAAUUUCAGAAGUAACAGAAUAUAUAGCGGGUGACGCAGAAAGAAAGAGACUAGGAAAACGAAUUUUGGAAAAUCGAGAUAGUCUCGACGAUCCUCCCGGUGGAUAUAUACGUGGCAGAGAAUUGGCAUCUUAUAACAAAGUCAUUAAUGAGAUUAAUAAGAACAGUGAGAAAAUAAUUACUCCAAGAAAAUGGAAGGGAACUGCUGACUCUGAUGCAAAUCCAAUAAAUUCCGUUCAGAUGACUUUUUCUGGCGACACAAGUGAUUUGAAUGACCCUGUAGAAAGUGCUGAGUGCACUGUAACGGAAAUCCUAAAAAAUUCUGCAGAUGAAAUUAACAAAGAUGCCGAUCAAACUGGUGAUAAAAAGAUGAAUCUAAAAAUAGAGAAGAAUUCAAAAAUAAAUAAAAACGCAAUAUCUAGUCAAAUAAGUAGUAUCCGGUCAGACAUGAAAGAAUUUUGUCUUUCCAUGGAUAAAUUUACAGAAGAAAAUUCGAUAAUAUACGAGAAUGGUGAAGUGCGCGAAUUUUGGAAUUCCACAAAAAUGGACGAAUGUAUCCCGCUUGCUGAAAUCAAGCCACAAGUUAAAGAUAAAGAAUGCACCUCGAUAAAUAAUAACGAAAACUUAUCAUCAAGUCCUGAUAUCGAGGGUUUGAUAAGAAAUAUGAAUUCCCUAACUUUAGAUAUGUCGAUUGAUUCGCCAGAAUCCUCAAUAAAGAUAACGGAGAAUGACGAGGAAUUUCAAAUUUUCAAAAAAGAACCGACACUCACGAAUGAGCCAGUACAAGAAAUAAAAGAAAGGAAAGAACUUUCAAACAAUUCUACUGAUAUUUUGGAAAACUGCAAGAAGCACUUAAAGAAAGAGGCCAAUAAAUUUACAAUGAGAAAGUCACCCCUAAUUGAAGAUUACGUCAGCACUCUCAUAAAAGCAACUGAGGCAGCACCUAACGAAGCUGCUGAUAAGAUUUCGGAAAAGUGUCAAGUGACAGUAAGAAAAGUGACAAAAACACUGGAAAUGCAAGUGGCCGAGCACGACGCAACGUAGAGUUGAAUAUUAAUAGUUCUAAUAAAAUAGAUUUCUGUUAUCACUUGCAGUUAACAGUGAUACCUUAGGAGUGAUUAAUUCAAUUGACAACAGAAAUGUAUUUUUUCCAUAGGCUAAGUGCUUGAAUAAAUGCGAAAUGUUUAUAUUGCACAAAUAAAAGAUAAUCAUCGCAGCAAAAAGAAUU